UAGAAAAAGUAUUCGUUAUAUAUGUUGUAUGCCCCCUAUUGAAACUUCAAACAAACUCAAAAGUCUUUGCGCUUUUGAGGUUAAGUUCAACGCGUUUAAUAUCGACGAUUCGUACGAGUUGUUUUUCUUUUUUUUUUUCCCCUGCUUUCAAAUCAAUUACGUGACGAAGAAUAUUUAUUAUUUUUUUUUUUUUGUUCAAUGUGUAUCACCACCGUAAGACAAUCUUCUUCAACACCGUCGCAAAAACGUGCGAUUGGUGUGAAGAAAUUGAUUGUUAAAUCUAAAUACAUUUUGAAGGACAUACACAUACAUUAUUACUGCACAAUUUAUGCAUUCAUAUCGAAUAUAUCAAAACGUGGCUCGCGAUUUCUUAAUUUCACCAGUAAGCUUUGCGUUACGAGGUUAACCAAGCAACUUUCUCAUGCGGUUUGUACAACGAUGCAUUUCUUUCUUGCCAAGUAUCUUUUUUCUCACAUGUGUGUGUGUAUAUGUGUGUGUGCGUGAGAUUAUAAAACUUACAUUGUGACAUACAUUUUUAUAUCAGAUCGUUGAAAUACUCCAAAAUGCACAAUAAACGAGUAGAAUUAUUUCUGUGCCAAGGAUAUAUCGAUUCAAAUUGACCGUUACUGUUUUAUUAUUUUUUUUUCAGAAAUUGAAAAGAUGGUUUCUCUGGUUUACUUCUUCUUUUUAACCUCGUUAGUUAGCGUAUGGGCAGAUUUCAACGUUUCUACACAUGAUCUUAAAGUAGGACUUAAUCAAAGGAAAUCUUUCAACGUAUAUUUAACAAAACCAUUAUCGCAAAAUGUAAAAGUAAUCAUAGAUAUACAACACAAAGAUUUAAUAUCCGUCGAGACACCUGAAUUUGUGGCUACAACCGAUAAAUUGCAAUAUGAAAUAUUCGUCAAAGGUAUUUCCGCUGGACAUUCAACUCUCAGUUUAAAUGUCACACCUUCGGAUGUUACAGUCUUUACAGAUGCAUUUGUUAGAGUGACAGUGGAAAAAUCAGAUACCAUUUAUCAUUGUAGCGUUGUCGUAGGAUGGAUUUAUUUUCUAGCAUGGAGCGUAAGCUUUUAUCCACAAAUCUACAGCAAUUACAAACGCCAAAGUGUUGUAGGCCUUAACUUUGAUUAUUUAUCUUUAAAUCUCGUUGGAUUUAUUAUGUAUGCGUUAUUUAAUUGUGGUCUUUUCUGGAUACCAGAAAUAGAGUUAGAAUAUUUUAAUAGAUAUCCAAAAGGAUUGAAUCCUGUACAAGUAAACGAUAUAUUUUUUUCUCUACAUGCAGUAUUCGCAACUGUGAUAACUAUCGUCCAAUGUUUUAUUUAUGAGACUGGUUCUCAAAGAGUUUCUACUACGGUGCGUAUCGUUCACGCGUUAUUCGCUAUAUUUAUAUUUAUUUCUAUGUUACUUGCCGUCACAGCUGUGAUAAUGUGGCUGGACUUUUUGUAUUACUGCAGUUACGUUAAAUUAUGUAUAACACUUAUCAAAUACGUGCCACAAGCAUUUUACAAUUAUCGAAGAAAGUCUACCGUUGGUUGGAGCAUUGGAAAUAUAUUUUUAGAUUUUACCGGUGGUGUAUUGUCAAUGCUACAGAUGAUAUUAAAUGCUUAUAAUUAUGACGACUGGGAAAGCAUCUUUGGUGAUCCAACGAAAUUUGGACUUGGAUUCUUCUCUGUAGCAUUUGAUAUAUUUUUCAUUAUACAACAUUACGUUUUGUACAGAUUUAUCAGUGAAAAAGAAAUCGACCUGAAUGGCAAAGUAUAAGCGAGCAUCUAUCAACGGCAUUACUAUUUAAUCUCAUCAAACAAACACGUCCCAUUAUUAUUUCAAAUGAAAUAUUUCAUGUGUAAUUUUAUAUAUUAACCAUUUUCUAACCAAUGGAAAAUAAUGCUUGAAACAAAAAUAAGAAAAUACGGAUGAUCAUUUUGUUUUUGUUUUUUGAAAUA